CGUCCCGGAGAGAGACGUGCGGACCCCGGUUAGCAGCUCGAAUACGACAGCCAGCAUAGACACACUUUUAUGACCGAACCAAAACCGUGGACGGGCAGGGAGGCAUUUGUGGUGGAUGUAGUUCUGUAUAGUUCUAGUUCUAGACGUCGCGUGUUCCCUCGCCAGUCAGCCUCCCACUUCAUCCACGCGAAAAUGUGUUCCGUCUGCGUUUGACAGUCCACAGUGCGUUCCUUGAUGCAUAGGAAAAAAUAUUCAAAGGUUUCCAUUCGGCAGAAAAAGUGCUUAUUGAGCGGUGCAGAUUCGAAGAAGUGAAGCAUGUCGAAUUUUCUCGGCUGGUGAUAUUCACGUGAGAGCCAAAAUAAAAAAGUUUUCCGCCUGAAUGGGGUUUCAAGUGAUUGCUAGGAAGAAAUUGAAGCAAAAUUUUCAGUGAAGUGAAGAGUAAAGCUCGAAGAAAAUCGUCUUCUCACAGUCGGUUCUUUCAGUGAAUUAAAGCCCUUCUGCCAUAUUGGAGGCAGAUCUAUUUUGGAUGAAAACACAAAAGUGAAAAGCAAAACACACCCUACCGAUCGUCUUGUGAUUGGAAACCAAAAGAACAUGAACGCAAACCCCAACAACUAGUUGCAGUAGGCCAACCAUUCAUCGACCCUGCUACGAGCUACAAGUUUGAACCGCCUACUGCCAUUCACGUUUGGAGACAUCGUCUGGGCCCCCUGGCGUCAAGAGAAAAAGUUACAAAAAGUAGCUUCAGAAUGGGCCUAUAUAUCAUUAUCAUGGUGCUGUAGUUGGGGUUCGUGUCGCUUUCAAUGAACCAUCAUAAGAAGCAACACCGCCGCCGGCAGCAACAAGCAGCAAGGUACCUUGCACCGGUUGAAGUCGACAUCCGCCGAGGCAUAUUCCCAUCAUCGUCGUAGGAUACCUCUAGCCCAUGUGAAUUCCAUAACGACGUAACAGAAAGUAGUGACGCCAUCCAGCUGUCGACUGCUGCUCUGUGGGACAUAUUUGCGGACGCGGCCUGCGUUUAAUUCGUGGAACAUCACCGUAACAGCGGCGGAAACGUGCGCUUCCUGCACUUGUGAAUAUUAUGGCGGACUCGACAGUGGCGACCCCCAGCGGUAGCAGUGGCAAACGUUCUCGACUGAAUCUAGAAUCCAAAUGUUCCUCGCUGCGGAAGCAUCUGAGCAAGUCGGCCUCGGAGCUCAGCUGUAACGAUUGCGGCGGUUCGGGCGAUUCACCGCAGUCAUCGCCGGUGAGGGCGCGCAGUGCCGUCAACCCAAGCGUUCCGGGGGUCAUCCAGCGGACGCAUGGUUUCUUCAACACGUUAAGGAAUCGAUGGUCCCGCGGGCGCAGUAAAGAACGGAUACGAGCCUCCAGUGGGCAGGACCUGGAACGACGUGACAGCCAAAGCGACUACGCCGCCGACAACAGCUCGGAGCACAGCAGUUCGGCUACCCCGCAGACACAAUCCCCACGGCACCGAGCGUUGACGAUAGGAGAUUCACCGCUGGCGCGACCAAACGAAAGGACUGCCUCAAUGAGCUCGGACGGAAACGCGCUGAAGCUAACGACCAAAGUAGAUGUAGAACAACCUAGCACUAGUACUACCGGUAACAUAGUGACGGCAGCGGUAGCCAAACUAAUCAGCAGCAACGAUGGACCCACCUCAAGCGGAAGCACGGCCACUGGAACCGUGGCUGCACCUGCCUCCACCAGUCUCAGCGGGGACGAUGUACAACGAAGGCGAGAAACUCAGCUGCGUCAGCAUUCGUUCUUCCAACUGCGAAUACACCUCGUCAGUGGCCACAACUUGGUGGCGAUGGAUAAGAGCGGUACCAGCGAUCCGUAUGUUAAGUUCAAGGUAGGCGGUAGACUGUUGUACAAAUCGAAAACCGUACACAAGGACCUAAAUCCCGUGUGGGACGAAACGUUCGUCGUUCCAGUGGAGGACCCUUUCCAACCAAUCAACAUCAAAGUCUUCGAUUAUGACUGGGGCUUACAGGACGAUUUUAUGGGAUCGGCCAAAUUGAAUCUAACUUCGCUGGAGCUGAACCGGGCUGAGGAGCUGCUAAUCAAACUGGAGGAUGCACAACGGGCCAACAAAGACUUGGGCGAAAUCAAACUUGGGGUGACGUUAUGGCCGAAAACGCAAGAAGACAAAGAACAAUACUUUCAGCGCAACCCGAAACUGGCAGACGCAUCCCGGAGGCUGAAGUCGCAGAUUUGGUCCUCGGUCGUGACGAUAGUGCUGAUCGAAGCCAAGGGGCUCCCACCGGACGCGGAGAAUGCGCUCAACGAUGUGUACGUUAGGUUUAGGUUAGGUAAUGAAAAAUACAAAAGCAAAACUUCCUACCGGGCCCGAUGGCUGGAACAGUUCGACCUGCACCUGUUCGACGAUGACCAGCUGCUGGAGCUGAUAGUAUGCGGGAAGUACAACACAUACGGCAAAUGCACAAUAGAUCUACGAAGUCUUCCACGGGAACGCACACACGGCAUGUGGCAACCACUGGAGGAGUGCACCGGCGAGGUGCACCUGAUGCUGACCAUCAGCGGGACCACAGCGUCCGAAACGAUAACGGACCUAACGUCGUACCGAGAAGACCCCAAGGAGCGAACCCAGCAGCAAAAACGAUAUACGUGGCACCGUUCGCUGCAGAACUUGCGGGACGUGGGCCACCUGACGGUGAAGGUGUUCGGCGCGACGGGCCUCGCGGCGGCCGAUAUCGGAGGCAAGUCAGAUCCAUUCGUAGUGCUAGAGCUAAUCAACGCUAGAUUGCAAACCCAAACCGAGUAUAAAACGUUAACACCCAAUUGGAACAAAAUCUUCACUUUUAAUGUAAAAGACAUGUCCUCGGUGCUGGAUAUAACCGUCUUCGAUGAAGACCGGGACCACAAGGUGGAGUUUCUGGGGCGGGUGAUGAUUCCGCUGCUGCGGAUACGAAACGGCGAGAAACGAUGGUACGCACUGAAGGAUAAGAAAAUGUACUCCCGGGCGAAAGGGACGCAACCGCAGAUUCUGUUGGAAAUGACCGUGGUGUGGAGCAAGGUGCGAGCGGCGCUGCGAGUCCUGGAACCAAAGGAGGAAAAACUCGUCCAGCAGGAGGCGAAGUUCAAACGUCAGCUGUUCCUGAGGAACGUUACGAGACUGAAAGCCGUGAUUAUGUAUUUUAUAGAAGUAGGACAAUUUGUUCAGAGUUGCUUCGAAUGGGAAUCGCCGUUCAGGUCGUUCAUAGCUCUAGUUCUAUGGAUUUGCGGAUGCAUAUGGUUCGAUAUUUCCACCAUCCCGGCAGCAGCGUUACUCUAUUUGCUGAAAAACUGGUUGAUACGAUGGCUGACGGGGUCAGCUUCGCCCUCCACUGCAGACGAAUACGACGUGGCGAGUGAUGACGAAGACGACGAUGAUAAGGAGAAGGAAGAAAAGAAAACGAUAAAGGAAAGACUGCAAGCGAUACAGGAAGUGUCGCAGAGUGUACAGAACACCAUCGGCUAUCUGGCGUCGCUGGGGGAAAGCGUUAAAAACACCUUUAACUUCUCAGUCCCGGAAUUAAGCUGGCUAACGGCAUUUCUGCUACUGAUUGUCUGCGUAGUGCUACACUACGUUCCCAUCCGGGUGCUGCUCCUAUUGUGGGGCCUGGUGAAGUUCAGCCGCCGGCUCGUACGACCGCACAGUGUUCCUAACAACGAAGUGCUCGACCUACUGUCUCGUGUUCCAGACGAUGAGGAAAUCAUAAUGUGGCGAGAGCUGCCCCUCCAUUCGACACCCGAAAUGGCUCGGCGGGAUCCGAGGAAGAAACACAAAGCUUCGUAAUGCUACCAAAUCACCCUGAAGCGAUACUUUAGGGCAAACCUGCGGAGGGCUCUGAAUAUCAGCAAGAAGGACAACUAGGUGCUCUGCUCUCUGAGCGAAUGAGAGCUCUCUCUGUCUCGACAAAUUCAUUGUUUGUAAAUUCCUUGAUCUUAGCUGAACUCAUAACAUUGUUUCAAAUAUGUACUUCCAUCUUCAAAUCAUGUCAGUUCUGUAGAAGUAACUAAAUCACGCACUCAAACAAACUAAAUCGUAAAUAUAGUGAUGAGAGGAAUGCUUUUACAACACGUUUAACAAUUCUAGUCCUUUACUGGUGGUGUUAUUGAACUAUCAAUUGUUAGGUUUUUUUAUUUUAUCGGGUUUUUCCUCGUAAUAUUAAAUUUUUCCAAUCAUAGCUAGGGUAAGCGGCAGGGUGAGUGACUUCGCGUUCAAAACACGAUUUUUCGCAUCUGAACCUUUAACAAUCCAGUCUCUCCAAACUUUUACAACAAAGUGUAGGGUAGUCGUAGCGUAGAUAAGAGCUAUAAUUGAUUGAAUAAAUUGUGAUUAAUAAAUUUGACAUUAAUUUAAGAAUAAAUCAAAAUUGAAGUGUCAUUUAUAAGUUGUCAAUUCACUUUUACCAACCGAUUCAAUUCAUACUAAUAAUUAUCGUUUUAUCACUGUUGUAGUUUGAGCGCAUUUAACUUUCAAGCAAACAAUUAGAAGUGUUAGAAUCAAGUCACUUUUAUUUGAGUAUGCUUCAUAGCAACGAUACACAACUAUGUUUCCACUAGUUAGUAAUAUAGUAUACAGUUGAGAAUUUGUUGAAAAGCAUAAUCUAGAAACGAUACAUUCUGCUUCCUUCACUAAAAGCUAACCUAACGGUGCAAUUCAUUCAUAAUUCACCCCCAAAUUCCGUCCAAUGAACAGAAACUCCAUCACAUUCAAUUUUGUAAUGAGCAUUAAUUGUAAAACAUCGCACUGUAUAUUGACUUAUGCAUCAUACGACGAAUCAACAACUGCUUUUAUAAGAUUAGACACUUUGCUUAAUGUGCAACAUUCAGUAUUUGAGCUUGAUUCACUCGUUCACAGCCAAUUUCGUAUUUGUCACUUUUUAGAAACGCAUGCAAGGAAACCAUUACUCAAAGGUUCUAUUUUUUAUAAAAAUCUUCUUAUUGUCUAGGUAUGCGAAUUCGAGGUACGAGUAUUAGUAAUAGGGGUAAAACGAAAGACGGAAUCGAACAAUAUGUGAUUGAAAUCAGCACGUGGCAAAACUGAAUAUAAAUAGCGAAUGCAUCGGAAAUAGCAAAAAGAAUGUAGGGCAAGUCAUAUUAGUUCUUUUCAUAUUUAUUCAUAUUUCGCAAAUGUUUUCUUCGAACCACCACCGCAACAGGUAAUCAAAACACAUUCCUACAUUCUCGUUGACCUUGUGGUUGCGUUGCCUUUCUUGUUAACAUCACGUAACGCUAGGUUACUUGUUAUCGAAAACUAAUGAACUGAUUUUCGGUGAGUUUUUUUAAAGUACACGAUCAGUAAGUUCAUUGAGAAUAAAAACACUCACUCGCACAUCCAUAACCAGUAGAUAGGAUCAUUAUCACAUCAUCAUGUAUUCAACUUGGUAACUAUAUUUAUUUAAGUUUUGAUGUUCGAGUAUAAAGAUGUGUUAAAUUAUGUAAACAUUUGACUAUCAUAAUAGUAAACCAAGAAGAAUAGGAAAGAAAGAAGUUCAGGGUGAUUCGAAAUUACGCCAAUCUAGAUCUUUAAGAAACCAUACAAUAAUGACGCGGUAGAGCAUUAGCGUUGUUGUAGCUUACGUAGGUCGAGAAUAGGUUUAAAGUUGAUUGUUGUUGAGAACCAGGUAUUUAUAUUCACAGACAUUAGUAAAUUAUUGAAAACAAAAGGUAAAACUCUGUUUGACAGUUUUAAAUAUAUCCAGAUUAUCGUUAUCAGGACCGCUGAAUUCGAAUGGUGCCUGUCGUUUUUCUAAUGGUUCACUGCCGUCAUACGAAUAUUUGUUCCAUGUUGCUAUGCACAUGGGACAGUUAUGCGUUUAACGGCACUUUAGGAACUUCGAGAUACGGAAUCUGCGACCUGGGGUUCGUCGCUUGCAUUUUCCCCUCACUAUUGUAGACAAGCAAAUGAUGCAGAAAACCAAUACAUUUUAGUAGAAUUUUCGGUUGAUCUCGGCAUGAAAUUUUCUGAAAAAAAGUGAAUUAUGGAUACUAGGGAUUACUAAUCAUAGAAUAAUUGAGGAACAAAAUAAAUUCUAAAAUUGAGUAACAGAUGGAGGCGCAUGGUAUGGCAAUUCUGUUCUACUAAAUCCAACACAUUUGCAGUAUCGCGAGAAAUCAAACAACAACCUCUACAUGUUUUGCUUUUCUGCAGCCUUAUAUCAAUAUAUCAUGCUAAAUUUAAACCAAUUUUGUUUUAGGAAAUUGACAUUUUUGGAACAGACCUUUAGAUUUUCCCACAGGUUGGCGUGAUGCUUCGGUUAGAAAUUGCACACGUGUUUAUACACGCGUUUGAGGUCGAUGAUUGGAAUUUGGGUAUAAUUUUAAAACACUGAUGAUCAGAGAUGCGCAUCGUGAGCUCUGAAUACAGUUGAAAAAAAGUUGGUAAGCAAUGCAAUAACGAUCAUGGUUGCUAAUGAUUCCUAUAUUCGGAACUAUCCAUAAACGCUUGAUUUCUAUUCGAUACAGGCUCUGUUGUUUCUUUACUAAGUUUUUUCAAAUAUUCAAUAUUUUUAAUUUCAGUGGAAAUUCCAAAUUUUUUUUGAAUUCAAUAGAAUUCUACACGCAAAAAAAGCGUUCAUCAAUUCGUGAACUAACAAGUUCACGGUGUAUUUUUUCGUGAACAACAGCCACGGAUUCGGGAACAAAGUCACGUUUUCUGGAACGUUCUGAAAAACGUGACUGGUGUUCCCGAAUCCAUGAAUUAAAUCACGGUGUAUUUUUGCUAGUUCACAAACGCUUUUUUUGCGUUUAGUGACAGUUUCGGAAAAUUUCCUUCGUAAAAUAUAAAGCAUCUUCCAUCAAAAAUUCGAAGGUAUUUUGCUUGAAAAUGACGAGUAGUAGUAAAAAACUUCUACUUCAUGUCAUUAUUUUUGUGUUCUUACAUAUUUUCCAUUCAUGUCAAGUCUUUCACUCUUAGGCCUUUCAUCUUUGUAUCAAUUCAAAAUAACAAUAUUCUAGGUGGGAACAACUGUAUUGCAAAAUCCUACAGUUUAGC